UCCAGCUGUGGCACCCAGCGGGCCGGCUCCGGCUGUGGCACCCAGCGGGCCGGCUCCGGCAACUAGCGGGCUGGCUUUUGCAGACUGCAGAUCCAUCCCGCAGCAAUAUGCUUCCUCAGCCCCAGGUGUCAUGUCUGACUCCUCUCUGCAGAAGCAGAGUCCUCUGCCCCCCAUGCCCCUGCAGGUUAAAAAUAGUGAGCCUCCAAACUCUGAGGGGAUGCUCCCAUCCAAGGCAAUGGUCACUGGACCCUCCUUUCACUACACAGCAACUCAAGGCAACAGAAGGUACGACUGCAGGUUCACAAGUCAGCUGCCCCCCUUGCAGAGUGCUCAGCAGACCACGAAACACUCCCCGGCCGACACACCCCAGGCCCGGGACACUCAGGCCCCCUCUGCCAGGAACGGCUUAUAUAGAAGCUCCCACCAGCCCUGGGCAGACAGGAGCGAGAAAGACAGCCUCACUGGGAAUGUGACAGUGCCGUUCUGUGAUGUGACAGGCUGCCCCAGCAUCCUCAGCCAGCCCUUCAUUGAGCCCAGGAGACCCUCUGUUAUGACAGGUGCUCCAACCCUCGCUCCCAGUAAUUCAGAGAAAGGGUUGGGGCCUUGCAGCCAGCCGUCAAACUCAGUCAUAGACACACAUGCCACCAAGGAAAGCUUAGUGAGGGACAUGAAAAAGCUGGUAGAAAUAAAGAAGAAGUUUUCAGAACUUGCGCGGAAAAUCAAGAUCAACAAGGAUCUUUUAAUAUCAGCUGGGUGUAUUAAGACAAGUACCUCUUACAAAGAGUUAACUCAGCAUUCUGCACUGGCUCUGAAAGACACGGCCCGCCUCCAGCCUGGUCCACAAGUCCCAGCUCAAAUUCUUCCUGGUCCACCGCUCCCGACCCAAAUUCAGUCGAGGAUUCUGGCCCAGAUACAGCCUCAGAUCCUGGCACAGAUUCCACCUGGUCCCCAGGUCACUGUGGUCCCCACAGAGAAGCCACCCAUACUUCUGGCUUCCGAAGAAGCAGCCAAGAGUUCUAGUGUGCAGGAAGCAAAGCACAGAAAGCCCGAGCCAGUCGGUUACAUUUCAGCUGACACCACCUGCAUGGCACCUGCGCAGCUCCACGGCAAGCACAUUCUGACCCCUGCGAGGCCCUCUGUUGUGGACAUCGCCCAGGCUGCCGUGGGAGAUGCUGCACAGUUUCCACCAGGGAACCCUGCGAGCCUUCAGCAGAGCACGCCAGGAAACCCUCCCUUAGCUGCUGCCCCACACUUGGAGCAGCCGCAGCCUCUCAAAGACCACACCUCAAAGACCAGCUCCACUUACAAAAGCUCUCUGCUACACUACCUCCUACAUGACAGUUCUCCAAAGAGAGGAGCAGAUGACCCUGUCUCCGGAACGCAGAGUCUUGAGCCGCAGCCCAGCACACACACCGCUGGGGGCCAGCCGGACUCGAGAGCUGAAGAAACUCCUGGUACCACAGGCACCCCUGUCCCGGGCAGCCCGCUCCUUGCGGGGCAGGCCUCCUCGGCCAGCAGCCUGGCAGCCCCUCAGGGUGGCAACCCCUGCUCCUUGGAGUUGCUGGCCACUUGUCUGUCCCUAUGGAAGAAGCCUCCUUCAGAGCCGGCCACAUCUGGGGUGGCAUCUGUUGAAGGACAGCCUGUGGCCACCUGUACCAGGAACUCACUGCUUCCCUCAGCUGAGGGGCAUCCUGAGGGCAGGGUGCCUGCCACCCCACAGAAUGCGGUACUGGUAGUGCAGAACCAUGAGCCUGGGGGUGCCAUCCUCACAAAGGGCACAGAGCUGCAGAUCGCUGUGGUGACACCCAUCAUCCUCUCUGAGGCCAAGGUGCCAGUGCCUGCACCUGCUCUGGAGCCGAUAUUCCCCGUCAUCAAGGAGGGCAGCGUUUGCAGCUUGCAAGACCCGCUGACCAAGAGUGUCUCAACCAGCCUGACUGCCUGUGUGAGUGCCACCAGCCCUCUCGUCAGCACCAAGGCCUCCCCCCUUGCUCACAAGGGGAAGCCAGACCACUGCUCCAACAGAAGCUCUGAGGAUACUCGGCCCACCCAUGCCAGCCACGGGGGAGGCCUGGACUCUGAACCUCAGGAGCCCUCUGCCCCCAGCAGCUCUGGGUCGAGUGAGAACAUCCUACAGAUCGACUCGAUCUGCUCUCUGGUGGAAGGAGACACCUCUUACAAUUCCCAGAUAGCAAAGAUGUUCUCUGUGCCCCCAUUGCAGAAGGCUGAGCCACAAACCCCACCCUGCAGUACCCUGACAGAGCAGGCCAGUGGCCACACAGGGAAACGGGACUCUGGUCCUCAAGAAGAUGGGUGUGUGCAGGGUCCGGCUCAGCCCCACAUACCAGCUGCCCCUGUAGCUCCCCUUGGGCCCCCUAGGGCGGAGCCCCCAAAGCAAGAGGGCACAGACAGUGGGGCUGCAGAGGGCUGCAUGAGGUCUGCCUCCGAGGAUGGGGCAACUGGCCCACGGUGCUCACCCAUCCCUCAGGGGACUGCGGUGCCGACUACCAGCACUGCCCAGGAUGCCCUGGGAGCGGGGGCCCUUGAGGAAGAGAAGGAAGAGGUGGAGGAGAGCCCAGACUCUGGCCUAGACGACCAGCUGUUGGAACUCCUCAAAGAGUUUCCCUAUGGGCUUGAGCCUGCGUGCAGACCCCUGCCCCAACCCAUGCCUGAGCAGACCCCCACAGGCUCUGCCACUCCCAAGGAUGCCUCAGAUCAGAUACAGAUCACCGUCCUCAGCUCAAAGCAAAUGAAAGAACUGUUCCCGGAGCAAGAUGAGCCAGCAAAGCCGCCAGAGCAGGGGCCUGCCAUGGAGCAGGAGCCUGCCACCACAGAGGGCCACGGGGAUUGCCCCCUGGCAGCUGCCACCAGUGCAGAGAGUCCUGACUGUGUCAUCAUGGACAUGGAGAAGGACAUCUCUUGUUGCGCCCUGGGUUGGCUGGGCAAGAUUUACGAGGGCGUGCCCCCCUGCCAUUGCCAGCCUGCCAAGAAGAGGAAAAGAGAGGAGAGGCAUCCUUCGGGGCCCGGUGGCAAUAGUGAGAAACAGAAGGAAAAGACUUCCCGGAAGAGCGGCCAUGCCACCUCUAGCCAAGAUUUGCCAUGCCUCCACACCAAGGCCUCCCCGACCGCUCACGACAGGAAGAAGACAGAAGAAGGCAAGACUGGCGGGGACAAGGCCCAUGCCAAGCAUGGUGGCAACUGUAGCAGCAGCAGCACACCCAGGACUGAGGCAGAUCCCAGGAACAGCAGGAAGCCAGGCGCUCUGCACAGUCACAGAAGCAGCACCAAGUGGACCAUAGAGCAGUUCAGCUUCCAUGCCACCAGCAGCACAGCCAAGAUAACCCAGGAGAAACUGCAGAAGAAGCCCUGCCUGCAGGGCACCAGCCCCUUCAAGGCAAAGGUAAGCUUCCUGUCCAGUAAGAGCAAAGACCUGCACAGGAAGCCCGGUUCCUUGGUAUCCGCUUUGACUUCGCCAGAGAAGAGGAAGCUGAAGCUGAAGGCGGGUGGCUCCCUCCAGGGGCUUUGGGGCAAAAGGAAACGUGAGGAAGGCAAUGGGAGUGGGCUGGCCUCUUCCUUCAAUAAGAAGAGAGAGGAGCACAGGGGCAUUGUGGAAACUGAUGCCCCCAAGCUGUGCCUCUCCUCCUCUUCCCCCUGUGAGCCCACUGCCAAGGAAAAGCCAGCAUCUCUGGAUACCAGGCCCUCAAUGGCUGCAGAGGGGUCCUCCAAGGGGAGCAGAGCCAGCUCCCUGGAGUACCUGCAGAGGCAGAAACAUAAAGAUGGCCUCAGGGCCUCGAAGAAAAACUACAGGAAGAUCUCGUCCCGGGAUUCUCAAUUCCUGCGGGCCGGCAAGCUGGGCAUGCGGCCUGGCCUAAGCAAGAAGCACGGUGGUCCCGGCCAGAGCUCCGGGGAGCCCCUGGGCCUCAACAUCCUUGGCAAAAGCUUCCGAGCCUACCACAAGGAACCCAAGCCCCUCAGCUCACACGAGAGAGGUGCUGCUGAGCCCAGGCCAGCAGAGAAGAUGCGAGCAGACAGGCCCAGAGGGGACAAGCUGGCCAGCCAGGAGGACACCAGCCUCCCCGCACCUGGCCAGGCCAAGGACCAGAGGAAGCUGUACCUCAACAGGGUGGGUUUCCGCUGCACGGAGCGCGAGAGCAUCUGCCUAUCUAAGCUGGAGGGCUCCCCGCAGAAGCCGAGCAGAGACAAGCAGCAGGCGCACAUGGAGCCUGGGAGCCCCUUUGCAGGCAGGGAGGGCCUGGAAAAGUGCAGCAUGCUGGAGUUCAAACUUUGCCCUGAAACCUUAAUCAAGAGUGUCGGCUCGGCCGAGGAGCGCAGGGAGAAGGCCUGUCCGCGCAGGGAGCGUCCCCCCGUGCAAGGUGCAGUGAGGGGCUGGCGGCCCCAGUUUCAGGGAUAAAAAGCACCAAAGAAGACUGGUUGAAGUCUGUGGCAGAAGAGAAGAUGCCAGAAGCCAAGCAGGACAUAGACAAUAGUGUUGUGGGUAACUCAAGACUGUCUAAGAGGAGCUUCAGCGCCAAUGCCUUUGACACAGCUCAGAGCUCAGCAAAGGAUUCCAAGUCCAUGUUCCAGACCUACAAGAAGAUGUACAUGGAGAAGAAA